AUGCCCUCUAUAGUGUCAUUCGGUUAUAACCAAUCACUAUUGGGUGGAGUUUUGACGUUGCAUAGCUUCGAAAAGCAAUUCCGUGAGAUCGAUGUGACCGAUGCCACCCUCGCCGAAAAAUCCCAAAAGUCAACUAUUCAGGGCACGAUAGUAGCCUUGUAUGCUGUCGGUGGCUUGUUCGGUGCACUUUCGUGCAUUGGCCUGGGAGAUCUUUUGGGACGCCGUCGGGUCAUCAUAGUGGCAGCUGCCACUCAGAUAGUCGGAGUAGUCUUGAUGACGAGCGCUUUCAGUUUCAUCCAACUCAUCAUCUCUCGUCUGAUCCUUGGGCUCGGCUGUGGCGGUUUAGUCGCGACUGUGCCCAUCUGGCAGUCAGAGAUAUCACCAACUCACAAGCGUGGUGCACAUGUGGCAACUACCGGUCUUUUCGCUGGCCUGGGCACCUCCCUGAGCCUUGUCGUGGACCUUGGGAUGUCGUUCGCUCCCGGGAGCGUGGGGUGGCGCUUCCCUCUUGCCUUUCAAGUGCUAUUCUCUAUCACUAUCCUUGGUUUCAUCUCAGUCAUGCCAGAGUCACCGCGCUGGCUAAUUCGGCAAAACCGCGCUGCUGAAGCUCGCGAGGUCCUAGCGGCCUUGGAAGAUGCUGAUCCCCGCGACUCCAAGAUAGAAACCGAGAUUCAAGACGUGCAAUCAUCACUGAAGCUUUCCGGAGAAGGAUCUCUUGGGCAGGUUCUUCGAAUGGGACCCCAACGAGUUUUCCAUCGAGCGAUGCUCGCUGCCACCGUGAUGUUAUUUCUGCAACUGACCGGGGUCAACGUCAUCACGUUUUUUACCAACACAAUAUUUGAGCAGUAUCUUUUAUUGGAUUCUGUAACGUGCCGGGUGCUGGCAGCCGCUUAUCAACUGUUCAGUCUCGUUGGAGGCACCGUCUGCAUCUUCACCGUGGAGGCCUUCGGUCGGCGUGGCUUAUUGCUGGCCGGGGCGACAGGCAAUGCCAUCUGCAUGGCUCUUGUCGCCGGGCUAGGAUCCCAGCCGGAAAACAGAAUGGCAAUACACGGUGCAGUCGUGUUCAUCUUCCUCUAUCAUUUCACGUUUAUCGUCGGGUUCGGAGGCGUUGCGUUUCUCUACGUUGGAGAAAUUGCGCCCUUAAAAAUGCGUGCAACUAUCAACGGGAUCAGUGUCGGAACCUUCUGGGCUUUGAACGUAUUGGUUGCGGAAAUCACGCCCAUCGCAUUCAAUGCCAUUGCAUGGCGGUUUUUCAUUGUUUUUGCAUGCUUGAAUGCCGCCAUCGUGGUCCUUGUAUAUUUUUUGUUUCCAGAAACGGCCGGCCGCAGUCUGGAAGAAGUGGACCAGAUUUUUGUCUCCUCCACAAGCAUUUGGGACUCGGUUUGGGUGGCUAAGCGCCUCCCACGAUCGGGGUCGGAUGGCUUGGAGAGGGACGAAGGGCACUUGAAAGUUCUUCCACAAUAG